AUGUCAACACUUUCCUCAAACAAUGACAACAACACACCUAACUACCCUGGUAAAGCCCCACCCGAAAUUCCUAUCUUACCCAAAACCGAACCUCCUUCAGUUCCUAAAGAGAAUCCCACUAUUCCAACGCGUGAGCCAGAAGUAGACCCGGGUGUGCCACCCGAAAUAGUUACUAAUCCUCCUGAGUUUACUCCGUUUCCGAAUCCGAAACCUAAACCGGAAGGUCCGAAACCACCACUAUCUCCUCCGGGACAAGAUACGCCGUUCCCGAAACCUGAUGUUGUGCCGCCUCAGCCACCCGAGGUUGUUCCUCCGCGUCCUCCUGGACCAGAUAUUGUUCCGCCGCCAAGUAUUCCACCGGCGCCAACAGGACCAACUAUGAAUGUGUGGUUAUUACGGUAUUAA